CCAGAUUCCCUCCAAUAUGAAGCUUCUCCUUCUCACUUUGCUCCUGGCACUCUGUAUUUCUCCGAUAUUCGCUAAUAAAUGCGAUUUUUGCACGAAAAGUGUGAAGGCGAUCAAGGAUGGCAAGGGAUUGGCCUAUAUGGCUAAUUUGUCAGCGAAACAAAUCGACGAUUAUGUGAAGAAGCAUGUAGAGAAAAAUUGCUCCGGAUCCACAUGUCCAAAGCUCAUCAAAUCCCUUGUAGAGAUCGCAGAUCAACUCGAUGAUGACUUGGAUUCUACCCCACAGGAAUUGUGCAAAUUCGUAUAUUUUUGUUGAUUUCCAUAAAUUUUUGAAUGGAAAUAAAUGUUAAAACAAUA